UUAAGCAGACGGACAUUAAGGAACAAUUCAUCGUAGAAGGCGGCGAAUAUUUCUGCAGAUUCUCUCUCCUCUCUGAAACCCUCGACCCUCUUUCUUCAUCUCCCACCACUCUGUUCAACUCUACAAGAAAGAGAGUGUGUAUCGAAUUGAAUGGAAAUAAAUUUAGAUUACAAAAUAAUUUUAUAAUUUAAAUUUAAUAAAAAGGGUGGGUGAGAAAAAUAAAAAUACAAAAUUACUGGUUUAUAUGGGGAAUGGAACACUAGUGGAUGGGGUUCGUCGAUGGUUUCAGCGUCGCACAGCAACAACAACAACAGGAUUAAUUAGUAGUGGUAAUAAUAGCAAAUUAGAUGACUCAAAUAAUAAUAGUAGUAGUAAUGAUAGACAGGUGUCUGUGAUUUCCGAAUUCAACGCUAACCAGAUUAAUCAUCAACAACAACAAGGAGAGCUUCAUAUCGAAUUUGACUUUGAUCUUUCUGGGUUGAAGCCUAUCCAAGUUCCUAAACGUGCUCACAUUUCUCGUUUUCCACUUCCCAUGGAUCCUCACAAGAAGAAUGCUGUGGAAAAUGAUUUCUUCACAGAGUAUGGAGAGGCAAGCCGUUAUGAAGUUCAAGAAAUUAUCGGGAAAGGAAGUUAUGGUAUUGUUGGUUCAGCUAUUGAUACUCAAACAGGAGAGAAAGUAGCUAUUAAGAAGAUCAAUGAUGUCUUUGAGCAUGUUUCUGAUGCCACCAGGAUAUUGAGGGAAAUCAAGCUCCUACGGCUGCUUCGUCAUCCAGAUGUUGUAGAAAUUAAACACAUUAUGCUUCCCCCUUCUCGAAGAGAAUUUAAAGACAUCUAUGUAGUAUUCGAGCUGAUGGAAUCUGAUCUGCAUCAAGUAAUUAAAGCGAAUGAUGAUUUAACUCCUGAGCAUUACCAGUUUUUCUUGUAUCAGCUUCUACGAGGACUGAAAUAUGUACAUACAGCAAAUGUUUUCCAUCGAGAUCUGAAGCCUAAAAACAUCCUUGCUAAUGCGGACUGCAAGCUGAAGAUAUGUGACUUUGGCCUGGCUCGCGUCUCAUUCAAUGACGCCCCAUCAGCUAUUUUUUGGACGGACUAUGUUGCAACUCGAUGGUAUCGUGCUCCAGAACUAUGUGGCUCCUUUUUCUCUAAGUAUACACCAGCAAUUGAUAUCUGGAGCAUAGGAUGUAUAUUUGCGGAAAUGCUCACUGGAAAACCUUUAUUUCCUGGAAAAAAUGUGGUCCAUCAGUUGGACCUCAUGACAGAUCUUAUGGGCACCCCACCCCCGGAAGCCAUUUCAAGGAUAAGGAAUGAGAAGGCCAGAAGAUAUUUAAGUAGCAUGAGGAAAAAGCCUCCAGUCCCAUUCUCCCAAAAGUUUCCUAAUGUAGAUCCAUUGGCUCUUCGCCUCUUAGAGCGCCUUCUUGCAUUUGAUCCCAAAGACAGACCGACUGCUGCGGACGCAUUAACUGAUCCAUAUUUUUAUGGAUUGUCAAGUGCUGACCGUGAACCUUGCACUACUCCCAUUUCAAAACUGGAAUUUGAAUUCGAACGUAGGAAACUGGCAAAGGACGAUGUUAGAGAGCUAAUUUACAGAGAGAUAUUGGAGUACCAUCCCCAGAUGCUUCAAGAAUAUCUUCGUGGCGGGGAUCAGACUAGCUUCAUGUACCCCAGUGGUGUUGAUCGAUUCAAGAGACAGUUCGCCCAUCUCGAGGAACACUCAAGCAAAGGUGAAAAAAGUUCGCCACUCCAGAGGCAGCAUGCUUCCUUGCCUAGGGAGCGAGUUCCUGCACCUAAAACUGAAGCAAAUGAAAACAAUGACUUGGAAAACCGAGCAGUUUCACGUACUGCUCUUGAAAGCCCUCCCAAGUCAAACACUGAUGGAUCAGAAAAUGAAGUGCCUCAAAAUGGUCAAAACAAAGCUAAUUAUAGCGCUCGAAGCUUGUUGAAGAGUGCCAGUAUCAGUGGUUCCAAAUGUAUUGGGGAGCAAUCCAAAAGAGACCCUGAGGAAGAACCAAUUGCGGAACAAAGUGAGGAGGCAGUUGAUGAACUCGUAAAAAAGACAACAUCCCUCUCAACCUGAUUACCCGAGAUGGUGGUUAGAUGUCUUUUUUGAAUUCCCAGACCCCUCACUGAUUUUUCAAUUAUUUUCAGAAGCUUUUGGGCCUUUUCAUGUUCCAAUUAGAAUACGCGGCUGUUGUCACUGUUUCUCCAAUUGUUGUAAUAUCAUCCAUCAAACACAAUCUAAGAGGAGGGGGAAGAGUGGGGAGAUACGAUUUGCCCUUCAUUUUAGUUUGAGAACUGAUAUUUUAAGUAUCCUUUUUGAGCUCUGAGGAGCAUGUAUGCCCUUUUCUUUGUCUUUAAGACACUGAAAUUUAUUCAAGAAAAAGUUUUUCAUGCA